AUGGGUGCUCGCUCGUUAGUUUUAGUUAUGAUGGUUGUUGCUUGCGUGAUGUGUACAAGCACAAAGCCAGUGAUAGGACGUCGCCUUCUUGAAGCAUCCGUGCCUGAGGUUCCUAAACCAGAGGUGCCAAAAUUGGAGGUACCUGAACUUCCAAAACCCACCUUGCCAGAGCUACCAAAGCCGGAAGUGCAUGAACUCCCAAAACCCACAAUUCCCGAGCUCCCAAAACCCACAUUGCCUGAGCUACCAAAGCCAGAAGUACAUGAAAUUCCAAAACCUACCAUCCCCGAGUUACCAAAGCCAAAACUACAUGAAAUUCCAAAACCCACCAUACCUGAGCUACCAAAGCCAGAAGUGCAUGAAAUUCCUAAACCCACCAUACCCGAACUACCAAAGCCAGAAGUUCACGAAAUUCCAGAGCUACCAAAGCCAGAAGUGCAUGAAUUUCCUAAACCCACCAUUCCUGAACUACCAAAGCCAAAAUUGCAUGAUAUUCCAAAACCCAUCAUUCCCGAGCAACCAAAGCCAGAAGUGCACGAAAUUCCAAAACCAACCAUUCCAGAGCAACCAAAGCCAGAAGUUCAUGAAAUCCCAAAACCCACUGAACCUGAGCUACCAAAGCCAGUAGUGCAUGAAAUUCCUAAACCCACCAUACCAGAGGAACCAAAACCAACCAUCCCCGAGCUACCAAAGCCAAAAUUGCAUGAAAUUCCAAAACCCACCAUACCCGAGCAACCAAAGCCAGAAGUGCAUGAUAUCCCAAAACCCACCAUACCCGAGCAACCAAAGCCUGAAGUGCAUGAAAUUCCAAAACCCACCAUACCCGAGGUACCAAAACCAGAAGAGCAUGAAAUUCCAAAACCCACCAUACCCGAGGUACCAAAACCAGAAGAGCAUGAAAUUCCAAAACCCACCAUACCCGAGGUACCAAAACCAGAAGAGCAUGAAAUUCCAAAACCCACCAUACCCGAGGUACCAAAACCAGAAGAGCAUGAAAUUCCAAAACCCACCAUACCUGAGGUACCAAAACCAGAAUUUCAUGAACUUCCAAAACCUGCCAUCCCCGAACUACCAAAACCCACCUUGCACGAGAUGCCAAAACCAGAGAUACCUGAACUACCUAAGCCCACCUUGCCCGAGCUUCCCACCCCUAAGAUGCCUGAACUUCCAAAGCCCACAUUCCCUGAAUUGCCUAAGCCAACCAUUCCAGAGGUGCACAUGCCUACUGUCCCAAGCCAUCCUUGA